AUGGACUCCACUACUGUCGAAUAUCAACCACAUUUAAUAAGUCUUUUCUGCGAAAUCAUCGAUUUGGCGGGCUAUCGGCGGAUAACACCGCGCGGCAGAGACCGGGACAUUGCCGAGAAAUUUCUUUCAAGUCGUGAGAUCCAUGCCGGCAAAGCCCUUCUGGUCGAAGUGCAAACCAGAUCUCUACCCGCAUUGCAGCAGCAGCUCCACGGCUUAAUGCAAUCAAUAGCCACAGGGCGUUUGAAAAAGCAACAGUCCAAUCCAAAAGUCACCGAUGCCCUCGAGUUCAUUAGGCAACUCGGUGCCACCCUCAAUCUAAUCGACAGUUCUCUCGCUUCCCUCGCUUCCGCUCCCAUCUCGGAGGAACUCGGAUUUACCUGCAAGGUAGAUCAUGAGUACGGUAUUUUGAAGAGAUACAAGUGUAUCGGUCUUGUCCAGAAAUUUGAUCGUUUUCUAUCCGACACAUUCGCCGAUUUGUCUGGCGAUUAUUGUAGCUUGAUGAAUUUGUGGUAUUCCGCCGCAUAUUUUCCGGUCCGCAUAAUGCGUCGCAUGUUGAAACCGGGUGCUCCCAGACUCCAACGUAAAAUAAGGGAAAAGACUGAUGAAGCCUGCCGCAUUAUUGAUGCUAUAAUCCGAUCGCCCAUACGAUCCGAUUUUAGCUUUCUCCAAGAGUCAUGGCAGGACGACGUCGACCGUCUCAGUGCCUGUCUCAACGACUUAACCCGGCACGUUGAUCACUCAGUCAGAUUCGGAGAAAGCGAUACAACUGAUGAUCAGGACGAUCUCUCCAAUACCUCAUCAGAAGAAUUUACAAAAGAACUUCAUGAGUCUACCCCAGAGUUUGGAACUGACAGCAACGACCCCACUACCUCAUCACAGGAAAAUGUACUUCUGAACCUAGAUCUUAUGCCUCGUAUCCGGCGAGCUAUACCACUUCUCAAAUUAGGCAGAACAUUCUUCAGCAAAUUGUUGGACACCCCCGAAAGUAAAACACCAUUCACGCUCAGUCCUAGAAUCUUCUCCGAUCUUCGUUCUUUGAAUUCCGAUGUCAAUUCCACCUGGCCCUAG